GUCACAAAAAUUUCCACAAAAAUCAAUUCGCAAAACACAAAUUCAAACAGCGAUAGCUAGAAGAAUGGGAGUAUAUUCUGUUUGUUCGAAAUUUUUCCUGGCAUCUGCCCUCUCCUAAUUCCUAAAACGUUCUUGAAUGAGCUCAAAAACACAACUAGAAAAGCAGAGGAAAAAGAAGCUUUCUUUGUCCUCUUCGACCACUUGAAAUGCCCACCGUUUCCUCGACCCGACCAUUAUCACUAUGCUUUGCCCUUUCCUCGUCUUCUUCCCCUUCUUGCUCUUCGUUUCUAUAUAGCUUCAGACCCAAGAGGUUCCACUUCUUGAAGCCACGCUCUUCCCUCAAACAAACCAAGAAACAGCAGACCCUUUCCAAGACUCCCUCUGGUGCUCCCCAGAGCUUCAGUAAGCUCUUGAAUUUGGGUCCCAAAGAGGAGAAUGAUAGUACUGAGAGUGGUGGUGGGGAAGGGGAUGGGGAUGCUGCGGUUAAAGGUACCCUUUUGGCUGGUCUUUUGAUUGUAGGUGCAGUUGGUGGAUUUGGGGUUGUAGGUUACCUCUACAAGGACCAGAUCAAUGCUUUCUUGACACAGUUUUCAAGCAUCAUUGAUGAUUAUGGUCCAGCAGGAUAUGCACUUUUUGUUGCAGUUUAUGCUGGAUUAGAGGUCCUUGCAAUACCCGCCAUUCCGCUGACCAUGUCUGCUGGUCUUCUGUUUGGCUCUGUCAUUGGAACCAUCAUUGUCUCUAUCAGUGGAACAGUGGCUGCAAGUGUUGCGUUUCUCAUUGCUAGAUAUUUUGCUCGUGAUCGAAUUCUAAAACUGGUUGAAGGGAACAAGAAAUUUCUUGCAAUUGACAAAGCAAUUGGAGAAAAUGGUUUUAAAGUUGUGACCCUUCUCCGUUUGAGUCCUUUGCUCCCGUUUUCUCUUGGAAAUUAUCUGUAUGGACUCACUUCUGUCAAGUUUGUGCCUUAUGUUUUGGGAAGUUGGCUAGGUAUGCUUCCUGGAACUUGGGCUUAUGUGAGUGCGGGUGCAUUUGGUCGAGCAAUUAUUCAAGAUGAAUCAAGCAUUGGUCUUGGAGGGAACAGUCUAGUGACACUGGGAAUAGGUCUAUUAGUUACGGCCAUAGCUGCUACUUAUGUAACGCGGCUUGCUAAGGAUGCUGUAAAAGAUAUCGAGUAGAGAUCGGAAUCAAGAAGUGCAUGAUUUCAUUGAAAGUACAACACCUUCAAUUGUAAGAUGGUACAUUUGAUCCCACCUGUAAAUGGAAAUAUGAUAGUUGAUGAAAUCAAAUAGGAACAAUUUUCUUUUCUUUCUUUCUAAUUAUUCUAACUGCAUAUUAAUUCUAUUGAAGAACAGCAAAUAUAUACCAUUCUACUCCAAUAGUUUUACCUCUUG